AUGGGGCUUGCGUGUACUAAGAAUAAAGAUUAUUCGAAUGCCCGCGCCUUUUAUCAGAAGACAUUGGAGCUAGAGGAGAAAUUUACUCCUCCGGAUGACUAUGAGCUAAGUGUCACUUAUAGUGGUCUUGGUACUCUACACAUGGCUCUUGCGGAAUACUCAACUUCAUUAUCGUUUUUUCAAAAAUCAUUAGAAAUUCGAGAGAAAAUCUUUCCUGCGAAGCAUCCAAAAAUCCUCAAACCUUACAGUAAUCUGGCUGUGUUAUAUAAGUGUAUGAAAAAUUACUCCGCUGCACUGUCAUUUUUCCAAAAAGCUCUGGAAACCGACUCCAACAACUCGUUUGAGAAUCAGUUGAUACGGAUCAAUGUUUACUCACAUCUGCGUGAUAUCUAUCGUUUAAUGGGAGACAACGGUAUGGCAAUGUUAUAUGCACAGCUCGUUGUGAACUCAAGUGAGGACCGCAAAUGA